AUGGGAAAGAUCACUAUUGUUAACAUUGAUGAUUGCAUCGCUUGUGGUGCUUGUGCUGGAACUUGCCCACAAAGUGUUCUUGAAGUAAAUGAUCAUGUUGAAAUUAAAAACCCAGAUGAUUGCAUUGGAUGUGGUGCUUGUGUUGAUGCUUGCCCACAAGGAGUUCUUAAAGUUGAAUAA